CCUGCAGCUGUGAACCUAACAGGGACAAAAUGAAAGCACAGCGUAUCUGCAGAGGAAGUGGCACCUUGGGUGGGGUCCCUGUUGCAGGAUGGACCAGGUCAGCCCCAUGUGUCUUGUCUUCAGGUCCCCCAACACAGGUGUUCACCAAGUAUUUGGAGAAUCAAUCAGUGAAUCAAUGAAGGAAUCCUGCCUUCACCUCACCGUGGCCCCCGUCUUUUCUUAUGCCCCAGAUGCUCACACACCUAAAGAAUCCUCCACCUUGCAGGACUGACCACUCGGUCCAGACAAGGCUGUGACCCUCCAGCUGCAGACAGGAGUUGAUUAGCUCCUUGGUGUAGACCAUGCUGCUCAGACAAGCACCUCAGAUGGGAGGAUCUUAGGAGACUCACUGUGUCCCAUGCCUCAUAUGCUCUCAGAGGUCCUGGUCCAGGCUCCAGUGGUGGAGGGAAGAGUGGAGAUGGGGGGCAGGAUACAGGGUCUGUUCUUGGUCUCUCCUCCCUGGGUGGGUCUCCAGGGUCUUGGACUGGGAGUGCGGGGGUCACAGGCUCUGUGCAGAGAGGGGGUGAGCUCCGCAGCAGCAGUUCCCCUUUUGUGAAAUCGUGAGACCUCAUGCUCCUCCCCAGCUUCCCGUGGGUCCUCCUCAGCUUCCCUCCCUCUGCCUUCCCUUCUCCUUCACCCACAGGAAGCCCAGACACCCUCUGUCUCUAGAUGCUGCUGCCAUCGCUGCUGCUGCUCCUGCUGUGGGCAGGUGAGUGGGCUGAGGGGAGAGGGAAGCUGGGGACUGCCGCUGACCCUGCCUUCUCCACAGGGUCCCAGGCUCAGGAUGAGAGAUACUGGCUGCAAGUGCAGGAGUCACUGACAGUGCAGGAGGGCCUGUGUGUAUACGUGCCUUGCAAAUUCUCCAACCCCAUGAGCUACUUGACUAGCCCUGUUCGUGGCUACUGGUUCCGGGAAAGGGCCCACAUAUAUUUGGAUGCUCCAGUGGCCACAAACAACCCAGAUCGAAAAGUACAGAAGGAGACCCAGGGCCGAUUCCGCCUCCUUGGAGACCCUCGGGACCACGACUGCUCCCUGGACAUCAGAGAUGCACAGAGAAGGGACUCGGGGACGUACGUCUUCAGGGUGGAGACAGGGAUUAAUAUAAGAUAUAGUUACAGACAGAAUCAGCUCUCUGUGCAUGUGACAGCCCUCACCCACACACCUGACAUCCUCAUCCCUGAGACCUUGGAGUGUGGACACCCCAGGAACCUGACCUGCUCUGUGCCCUGGGCCUGUGAGCGGGGCACGCCCCCCAUCUUCUCCUGGAUGUCAGCGGCCCUCACCGCCCUGGGCCCCAGGACCCACCUCUCCUCAGUGCUCACCCUCACCCCACAGCCCCAGGACCAUGGUACCAACCUCACCUGUCAGGUGAAGUUCCCUGCAGCUGGUGUGAAGGUGGAAAGGACCAUCCAGCUCAAUGUCACCUGUGCCACACAGAACUCGACAGCUGAUGUCUGCCCAGUGGAUGACAAAGGGAACCUGGAAACCAGGGCAGGAGUGAUUAAAGGUGCCAUUUGGGGAGCUGGUGUCACCACGCUGCUUGCUCUCUGCCUCUGCCUCAUCUUCUUUGGAGUGAAGACCUGUAGGAAGACAGCAUCCCGGAGAGCAGCGGGCGUGGACGACAUCCACUCAGUUGUAGGGCCAGCUCCCCUGUUUAUUAUAAAAGUAUAUGAUGAAGGAUACAGAUGACCAUCCAGAUAGAAGAGAUGUGUGGAGCUCCCAAGCUAUUUCCAGGUAUGCCACCCUCCGCAUAUUCACCAACCCAGAAACUCCCUAACCGCCACCCCCAUACUAUUGGGAUUUUUAUGGACAUAGACAUGAUUGAUCAUUACCUCUAUUUCCCACCCCUCUCCCCUUCCUGGGGGAUGAGGACAUGGGGCUGGAAGUUCCAAGCUUCUAACCGCAGCUUUGUAUUUCUGUGACCAGCCUCCAUCCAGGAGCCAACCAAGAUUUGCAUCAUUAGAACAAAAGACACUGCUGUUGUCCAGGAAAUCCCAAGGGAUUUAGGAACUCUGUGUCAAGAACCAGGGUCAAAGACCAAACAUUAGACCAGAAGAUGCUCCUAGCACUCUUAUCACUUAGGAAAUUUAAAAGGGUCUUAGGAAAUCUGUGCAGGAACCAAGGGUAGAU